AUGGUCGUUCGACCCUUGCUCCGAAGAGGCCGUACGGUCUGGCAGCAUCUGUCGAGGAAGGAUGAGGAGAGUGAUGGGAACUCUGUACAGAUGAGCUCGGUUCAAGAACAUAAGGGUGGAGUGGAUUUGACUGCCCCGCCGAGUUACUGUACUUCUGAACCAUGCGACCAGUUGCCGGAUCAGUAUGCACAGCGAGGUGUGCAAGAUGUCGAGGCUGUUACUAUUACUUGGUCAAAAUGGAUUUUGAUUGGGGUGUUCGUCAAUAUUUGGUUUGUCUAUUUCAUCAACGCCUUCAUUUUGACGAUCCAGAACAGUCUCAAUCCAUAUGUGACAAGUUCAUUUCAAGCACAUUCGCUCUCCGCCGUUCCUACAGCUAUUGGUGAUGUCAUGGCAGCUGCCACUUAUCUUCCCAUGGCUAAGAUGAUGGAUGUGUGGGGUCGCGCGGAGGGUAUCCUUGUGAUGGAGCUCUUCCUGGUCAUUGGAUUGGUUCUGAUGGCCUCCUGCAACUCCUUUGCAGCCUACUGCGCCGCAAAUGCUUUCUAUUAUACCGGACUCUAUGGUCUGGAAUAUGCGAUUGACGUCGUGACAGCCGAUAUUUCGACUUUGCAGAAUCGUGCCUUUGCCUACGCUUUCACCUCCUCUCCGUACAUUAUCACAGCCUUUGCGGGACCGAAGAUUGCAGAUGAACUUUAUUACAAUAUUAACUGGAGAUGGGGUUUUGGCAUUUGGGCAAUUGUUUCCCCUGUCGUCGCUGCCCCUCUAUACAUCAUGCUGAAGUACAAUCUGCAUAAGGCCGAGAAAGAGGGCCACCGCAUCAAACGACCAAGUGGUCGGACUGUAUUUGAAAGUAUUUGGCAUUGGACAAUUGAAUUUGAUAUAUGUGGAGUUUUCCUGUUCACCGCCGGCCUUGUGCUAUUUGAACUGCCUUUCGACAUCGCUGAUUAUGCUCCUGAUGGCUGGGCCACGGGCUAUAUCAUCGCGAUGCUUGUUGUGGGAUUCUCCAUGCUGUUCUUAUUUGUAAUGUUUGAAAUGUGGGUAGCUCCUGUACCUCUGGUAGGAAAGGAGUGGCGUGUGCUGGCAAACCGUACUGUCGUCGGUGCAGUACUCCUGGAUACCACAUAUCAGGUCUCAAACUACUGCUGGAGCUACUACUUCACGUCAUGGCUCCAAGUCAACAAUGACCUGACCAUUACAACCGCGAAUUAUGUCGAUAACAUCUUCGAUAUGGUAUCGGGAGUGCUUUUGCUGUUCCUUGGUUGGUUCAUCCGCAGGGUUGGCCGUUACAAGUGGACCCUCUAUAUCGCUGUUCCGCUUUAUAUCUUCACUCAAGGGUUGAUGAUCUACUUCCGGCGCCCCAACAUGAAUGUCGGCUACCAAAUCAUGUGCCAGGUCUUCCUAGCGAUUGGUGGUUCAAUCUUUAUCCUUACUGAGCAGAUUGCCAUCUUAGCUACCGUGGAUCACCAGCAUGUUGCUACCGCACUUGCUAUAUUGAACGUGGUGGGCACAGUUGGUGACUCCGCGGGUCUCACUAUCAGUACUGUUAUCUGGCAGAAUACCUACCUGAAAGCCCUGUACCGAUACCUCCCCGAGUCGGCCUUGCCUAACCUGCAGAACAUUUAUGAGAGUCUUCCUGUGCAACGGGGGUACCCUGUUGGCUCUGCGACCAGGGAGGCUAUUCAGAAAGCAUAUGCCUACUCCGAGGUCAGAUUGCUCGCGGUUGGAUGCGGCAUUAUUGUCUUGGCAAUUCCCUGGACCAUCAUGAUCAAGGAUGUUGAUCUCAGGAAGAGACAGCAGACCAGGGGCACGGUCUUCUGA